AUGGCGGCGGCCGCCGCCAGCCCCGGCAGCCCCGCCGCCGCCGCCGCCCUGCCGCCGCCCGAGCCCGGCCCCAGGAAGCCGCCGCCGCCGCCGCCGCCGCCGCCGCUGCGGGGCGACCCCCGGCGCAGGCAGGCCGCGCUCUCCUUCCUCACCAGCAUCUCCCUCGACGGGCGGCCGCCGCCGCCGCCGUGCGCCGACGGCCCCGCCGCCAGGCCCCGCCAGGCCCCGCCGCCGCCGCGGCUGGGCAGCCCCCCGGCGGCGCCCGCCGAGCCCCCGCGGCCGGCGGCGGCGGACGAGCAGGAGGAGGAGCAGGAGGAGGAGGAGGAGGAGGACGCCUUCGCCUCGGUGCAGGUGCCGGCCGCCGCCUUCCUGGGCGCCGCGGCGGCGGCGGGGAGCCGCGGCCGCCUCAACUCCUUCACGGCGGGGGUGCUGCCGGCGCCCUUCGGCCGCGCCAGCCCCCAGGGCCCCGGCGGCGGCGACCCGGCGCUGCCCGGCGCCGCCGCCGCCGCCGCCUUCGAGCUGCAGCGAUCCCGGCGUCGGCUGAUCUCCCAGCGAUCUUCUCUGGAGACCCUGGAGGACAUUGAGGAAAAUGCCCCACUGCGGAGAUGUCGGACUCUCUCAGGAUCCCCCAGACCAAAGAACUUUAAGAAGGUUCAUUUUAUCAAGAACAUGCGGCAGCAUGAUACCAGGAAUGGCAGAAUAGUCCUUAUCAGCAGCAGAAGAUCCUUCUGUAGCAUAUUUUCAGUGCUGCCAUAUCGAGACUGUACCCAAGUCGGGGAUGUGAAGUUGGAUGGUGGACGUCAGUGCCACGCUGCAGGAGUGUGUCUGAAAGAAAUCAUUGGUCUUGAAGGCGUGGAGCUGGGAGCGGAUGGGAAGACUGUGUCUUACACGCAGUUCCUGUUUCCAACGAAUGCUCUGGGAGCACGGAGGAACACGAUAGACUCCACCUCGUCCUUCUCCCAGUUCCGCAACGCAAGCCAUCGUAGCCUGUCUUUGGCGAGAGCUAACAGCACCCAGGGGAGCAUUGAUGCAGGUAGUGACCUGGGGGACUAUGUUGAAUAUGACCCAAAUCUUCUAGACGAUCCCCAAUGGCCAUGUGGCAAACAUAAGCGGGUUUUAAUAUUCCCUUCAUAUAUGACCACAGUCAUUGACUAUGUGAAGCCAUCAGAUCUCAAGAAGGACAUGAAUGAGACCUUUAAGGAGAAGUUCCCUCACAUCAAGUUAACCCUCAGUAAAAUACGAAGCUUGAAGAGAGAAAUGCGCAAGCUUGCUCAAGAAGAAUGUGGUUUCGAAGAGCCCACCGUGGCCAUGGCCUUCGUGUACUUCGAGAAGCUUGCGCUCAAGGGCAAGCUGAACAAGCAGAACAGAAAGCUCUGUGCUGGAGCUUGUGUUCUCUUAGCGGCCAAAAUCGGCAGUGACCUCAGAAAACAUGAAGUCAAGCAUCUUAUAGACAAACUGGAAGAGAGGUUCCGACUGAACCGGCGCGAGCUGAUCGCCUUCGAGUUCCCGGUGCUGGUGGCCUUGGAGUUUGCGCUCCACCUGCCGGAGCACGAAGUGAUGCCGCACUACAGACGCUUGCUGCAGACCUCCUAGCGCUGGCCGCCCGGCCGAGAAGGGGCUCCGGAGCGCGUCCACGUAGCUCUGGGGAGCUGCAGUUACUACUGGAAACACAAAAGCAGACUUGUAACACUUCACUCACUCUCUUUUUCUCUCCAAAACCGUUUUUCCAACAACAUAUAGGAAACACUGCGCUGACUUAAGACUCUCAGCUUUGACAGAUUUACGUAUUUUCUCUGAAGACAGAGAUGUUGGUUAACGUUUGCUGAAACUGGGUGGGAACUGACCCUACCUGUGGGGACUACUGAUGUAAAAGUUGGUUACCUGAAUCAGACAUAGAGAAGUUUAAAGGGCAGCCUCCGUUGCCCCCCCCCCGUCCCCAUCACACGAACCCCAAGAGCCCACUCGAGUGCAUUCUCCUAGUGCUUUUUCUACCGACCUGCUGCGACUUACACGAGGACUUCUUAACGUUGCGGAAAAGCUUUUAAAGAGGAUAUCUUCACUGUGUCAAAAAGAAUGUGCCAAUCUAUUUUUGUAUCAGCAAUUGAAAGUGCACUUUUUCCCGUGGGGUGCUUGUGUGCAUAUGUGUGUGUGUGUGUGUGCGCGCGCGCGUGUGUGCCGCUGAACUGGUCUCAGGCCGGGUGGCUGGCUUCGUGGUUUCAGAGUAUAUCGCUUACUGAUGGUGAAGAUCAAGGUGACCUUACGUGUUUACUGCUUAAAAAAAAAACGUAACUACUGGAAAAGUGGUAAAUGGGAACAUUUUUGGACAUUUUUUUUCUUUUUAAUUCUCUGAUCUUUCCAACGUUUUACCUUUGAAAGGGUUACACUACUACUACGAGAGAAAAAAUCAGCAACUGACCAUAAGUUUUCACUCGUGUUUGUGAUAAAGUGGAAAGCAUUAGUACGAGAUUUCCAUGUCGUGUUUUUUAAAAAUGUCUUGUGUUAAGCCACAUGCAUAUUUUUAACCUUCGCACUUUUCCCACUGUGGAGAUGGUUAGACUUGCACUCUGUAGUGUUGUAUUUCUGUGCUCUAUGUUAGAGUGCAUAAUAAGCACAUUUAUUGUGCUGUAUCUUAAAACAGUGUUUUAUUUUAAAAAAAAAUAAAAAAGAGUAGGGCUCAGCAGUAUAA